AUGAUUAAAACGCGGGCCGAACUUAACAUUCCACCGAGCGUUAUUCAUGAUGAAUUAUCUUCUGCUUAUGAUGAUCAAGCUCCUUCUCUAAGAACAGUUCAAAGAUGGUGUAAAUCGUUUCGUGAAGGACGAGAAGAAAUUGAAGAUGAAAUUAGAUCUGGACGACCAAUUACUGAAACUACAGACGAAAAUAUAGAGGAAGUCCGACUUUUAAUCGAUGAUGAUCCUUAUAUUACCAUUGAAGAAGUGCAGGAGGAAACGGAUUUAACUUACGGGACUGUGCAGCGAAUCAUUUCAGAGCAUUUAAAACUUAGAAAACUGACCGCACGUUAUGUACCCAAAGAUCUGAAUGACUUUCAACGGGCAGAACGAGUUCGAAUAUGCAAAGAAAAUUUAGCAAAAUUCCAAAAAGGAACUUGGCGUUUAUGUGAUGUAAUAACCGGUGAUGAGUCAUGGUUUUAUCAUCAACAGCUUCGUCGAAAGUCAUCAAACGCUGCCUGGGUGGCAAGAGGAGAUCCCCCACCAACUGUGACUCGACGUAGAAAGUUUGCUCCAAAAACAUUAUUCUCCAUUUUCUUUAAGUCAAAUGGUCCUGUUCUUAUUCAUCACAUCCCAAAGGGACAAACAGUUAAUCGUCAUUAUUAUAUGAACAAUUGUUUGCAACCUCUCGUCGAUGAAAUGAAAUGUCAAAGACCACUUUGUGGUACGCGUGGUAUCAUCAUUCAUCAUGACAACGGAAGCCCGCAUGUUCAUACAGAUGUGAUUAAUUAUCUUGAAUCUCAAGGUAUCAUCAUAAUGCCACAUCCACCCUAUUCACUGGAUUUAGCACCAUGUGAUUUUUGGUUAUUUGACUUGAUCAAGGAAAAUCUGAACGAUCAAAACAAUUCAGAAGCAUUACAUAGUGCUGUAACCGAAUUUAUGAAUUCCUUGAGUAAGGAAGAAUAUAAAAAAAACUUUCGAUAA